AUGACUAAUAACUACACAAUAGACUCGUCAGAAGAGGAAGCUCUGUUCAGGUCUUAUCCAUAUGCACUCUACUUUGUGCAAAGCCCAUCAGCAGUGUCCCAUGCAUAUGAAUCUGGAUAUCAGUCUCCACUUCCAUCUGAAACCACCUUCAACCCUAAUAACACAUCUCGCCAAGAAGCCAGCCCCUUGGCUCUAUCCCGCUAUUCUUCCUCUCAUGGAUCAAACAACUCAUUUUUGCUUAUCCACAAAAAGAAUAAAUCUUGUGACGAAACCGUCGAGUAUAAUGUCGAUCAGAAUUGCAAAGAAAUUAAUAGAAAUGAGGCUGAAGAUGAUGAUGAUGAUGAUGAGGUUGAGGAUGAAUAUUAUGAUGAAAGAAAGUACAAUGGAUGGUUGCAGUAUUUUUCUUUUAGUUAUUCUACUUCUUCUGGUUGGAUUUGCCUGCAGAUUUUUUGGAGGCUUGUUUUGAGCAUAAUGAUUGCAUUGGUUGUUUUCUACAUUGCUGCUAAGCCUCCAAAGCCAAGGUUGUCUAUUAAGAUGACAGGAAUUCGUCCAUUCAGAUUAGGAGAGGGAGUGGAUGCCUCUGGAGUCACUACCAAAAUGCUUACAUGCAAUUGUUCGUUGGAUUUAAUUAUAGAUAACGAGUCUAAGCUCUUUGGUCUUCACAUUCAUAAUCCGGCUCUGAAAAUGUUCUUUGGCAAGCUCCCUUUUGCAAUGUCACAAGGUGCAGAAUUGUAUGCUGGUAGUGAUGGUUCGACAUUGUUCAAGUUAAAUGUAGGAACAAGAAAUAAGGCAAUGUACAGUGCAGGAAGAAACAUGGAAGACUUGCUGAAAUCAGGAAAGGGAUUGCCACUCAUCAUUAAACUCAGCUUCACAUCAAGUUUCAAUGUUAUUUGGGGCUUCAUUCAUCAAAAGUAUCAGCAUGAAGCACAAUGUGGUGGUGCCAGCAUUGGCGCUGGUGGUGCCGUAGGUGGUGGAAUUGGUGGGGGUACUGUAGGUACGGGAGCGGGUGCCUUUAUUGUUAGGGCUGGUGUUGGUGGUGGCUGUUGGACAGGUGUAGGAGAUGCUUGUGGUUGA